AAUCUAUCUGGUUUUAGCCUUACAAAUUCUGAAGGCGAGCAAGAUAAUUUAUGCCGAUUGACGAUAUCAGUCAUGUUUUAUGAAUCAUCAAAAGCGUUAACAGAUUGUAAUCAACAGUUGAUAAACGCAGAAAAUUUAGUAACUCCACAAGAGUUGAAAGGUGAUAAUGGCUGUUUUUUUGUUCCAUUUCCAGAACAAUUUAAUCCAUAUACAAUGAUUUGUCCAGACAUAGAUACUGCAU